AUGCAUCCUCUCCCCCCUCCCACGUCCUCCCGGCGCCGAGAGACGCAGGUCAACUCCAAGUCCUCCCAUCUGGGAGAUUUCAUCAACCUCUCUACUCGCUAUCCGUACGAACACCCCCCAACCAUCAUGCAAGCGGUCUCUGAUCUACAGAGCGACCUCAACAGCUUGUUAGGACACCGCUCACAGCCCGGCCCGCUCUCUUACGGCACAGCUGGCUUCCGCGGCAAAGCUGAAACCUUGCAUGAGGCCGUCCUCCGCUGUGGCAUGCUCGCCGCGUGCAGAUCUCAUUCCCUGGCCGGUCGCGCCGUCGGCGUUAUGGUCACCGCUUCCCACAACCCGGCUCCAGACAACGGCCUCAAGCUCGUCGAGCCGGACGGCUCUAUGUUGCAUAAGGAUUGGGAAGUCGCCGCCACAGAGUUUGUUAACGCUUUUGAUAAUCCGCCAGCGGCGCUUGCAAAGAUGGUCAAGUUAGAAGAUGUACCGCGGCAGGGAAAGGCCGUUGUCCUCAUUGGUUGGGACACCAGGAAGAGCUCGGCCGUGCUCGUCGAUCUGGCGUGUCAGGGUGUCGAGGUCAUGGGAGGCACAGUGAUAAAGCUGGGGCUAGUUACCACUCCUCAGCUUCAUUUUUCUCUGCGCGCCCGAGAUCGAAAGGAGGCCUCGGCCCUUGAGGACUAUUACACGGCCCUGCGACGAGCUUUUGGUAAGCUUGUUCGGGAGAAGCGGGCUGUGCUACCCCCGCUUGCCGUCGACUGUGCCAAUGGAGUGGGAGCAGUGGCUAUCGAUGCGAUUCGUUCGGCACUUCCAGCUAUCGCUGUAGUGAACCGUGCUAAUGACGGCCCGCUCAACAAGAAUUGCGGUGCCGAUUUCGUGCAGAAGCAGCGCAAGAUGCCGGAAAUCUAUUCAAAAGCUGUCCCUAAAUGCAAGAUGUGGGCGUCUUUGGAUGGUGAUGCUGACCGACUGGUCAUGUUUGAGAAGAGAGAUGGCGGGAUUGCGCUUGCGGAUGGCGAUCGAUUUGCGGCUCUCGUCACACAAUUUAUAUCAAAGCAUAUGAAGCAGGGGGGCGUCGGUGGGCUUAGCCUUGCGGUUGCUCAGACUGCAUAUUCGAACGGUGCGGCCACGGAAUUUCUAUCAAAGCUCCAAGGGGUUCAAGUAGUCACCGCGAAAACAGGUGUAAAACACCUAGAGAAGGCCGUCAGGAAGUUUGACAUCGGUGUGUACUGGGAGCCGAACGGACAUGGAACUGUGCUGUUUAGUGACAAAGCGGUUGGCGAGCUAACAUCUGCAAAGGCCAAAUUGGCUGGUGAACAUGACGGCUCUCAGCAAAAGCGCAGUCUGUCCACCUUACUGGCCGUCAGUGCGUUAGCAAACCAAGCCGUUGGCGAUGGUGUAGCAGACCUCCUCCUCAUUUUGGCAAUAUUGUCUCGUGAGGAUAUGACAACGUCUGAAUGGCUUCGACUUUACGAGGAAAGACGGAGCAGCAACGUAGUGGUUCGGGUCACGGAUAAGAGCGUAAUCGUAACCGAAGACUGUGAUCGUCUGGUCAAGGAGCCAGCGGCCCUUCGCGAUGCGAUCGCCAAAGCGUCUGACGAAGAAGGAUGUCGGGCGUUUGUGCGGCCCAGUGGCACUGAGGAUGUGGUCCGAGUAUAUGCGGAGGCGCCAGUGAAGCGCGAAGGUAAGGCCAAUGAGAUGGCGCUGGAAAUAGCUAGAGCAGUGUAUCGUCUUUGCGGUGGAGUGGGAGAGCGGUUAUAGUACGUCGAUGUUUUGGCGUCUUGUCAGAAAAACCAUUGUAACACCAUGGAAUAUUGAGGUUACGCGACUCAUA